AUGCGUGUUCGUAAGCCGGUGCAUACCAGCGUUGGAGAUGCCAGCGGAACUCUCGUGGCCCCACCGGUUGCUGUCUAUUGUACUCAUGAGCCUGGCGUGUCUUGCACACCAACAGAUGGUUCUGCACUAGCCGAUGGUACUCCCGCUUCUGCCGUGCCGACUGGUGCACUCCAAUCAUGCGACACUUGUGCUACUGCCGCAUCUACGUUCACCGGAACCGAUGAACAAACUGCAACUGGUGGUUUUAUGACGACUGGUAGCUCUCGGAAUGCCGCGGUCACCCGUCAGUCACAGAUCAAUACAACUCGUGCUCGAACAACACUACGUAGCAUGCACCCGACAGGCUCCCGUUUGCGCUCAACUCCUUUUUCCAACUUAGCUAACCGCACCCCGGUUAUGCUUGCAGCUCAGCAACGUUCCAUCUUGUCUUACACUCAGACAGCUCCGAUGGAUCGGACGUGGUGGCGCCUGUUAGGACGAAGACAACUGACUGAUGCGCAGAAUCUUGUCUGUCUUUGCAAUCAUCCUCUGACACCGGAUUUGGUUCAAUACAUUCAACAUCUACUUCACUGCGAAUCCGUGCAUUUAGCUUCCUCCUGGAAUGCAUCCGCAACACCUAACUCCAAUCAACAACUCUUUCUGACCCCGGUUGAGUCCCACUUAGCCCAUCGCCGUGGUAGUGAGGCCAGUCAAUUGUUGGCUUGGAAACAUCGACUUAAUCAAUAUGCUGGUCUAUUUGAACCGGACGCACCGGAACCUGCAUUCGGACCUCAUCUCAGGCCAGUCACCAAUCUAUCCUCUAUUCCAAAUCAACAGUCCACAUAUGUGCCCACUCUGAAUCCAAGCCCGUCCAAUCCGUCUCCCGGUUCCAAUACAAGCCCUAUCCGUCUUUCCCCCGCUCCCAAAGUUCCCAAUGGUCGAUCAGGUGUACAACCACAUUCGGAUCUGGUUGAACCGCAACUCUCACUUCCAACCAAUCUGGCGCCAACGAGUCCACCGGGCAUCGAACUGAACGACCUGAAAACGGAGUUGCACAAGUUGGAAACUGAGAAUUGUGCCACAGUAGCUACGACUCAGCUCCCCCGGUUACCGGUCACAUCGGUCGGUGAUGAGGAUAGUGGGAGUGGAGUAGUCUCUCCCGCCUCAUCCCUCAUUUCUCAGUACACGACAUGCACUCGAGCUGGGGAUCCUAGACGCCAUUAUAUGAACACCGGAUGUCGGUACCAGCAGUCCACGGAGAGCUCAAUAUCACCACUUCGAGCCAGCCCAAGCUCAAAUACUGCUACACGAACUCCCAGGGUGAGUCUGACUGGAGCGGAUGUUUCGUUUGAGCAGAACAAAUGGGUUCCUCAUCGAGUCUCCUCUCUCAAAGUGCCCCGGCGAGCUUCAUCCGCUGUGGCCGGGAUGAGCAGUCGUGGUCAACAAGUCCGUCACUCUCCGAACGGGGACCCAACCCUGCACGGAGUAUCCGGUGGUACAUUGCUCGACUGCAGCUUGCCGCGGCGGCAUCGUUACUCCGUCGGGGAUAGUUUGGAUCAUGCUAUCAUCACCAUGACCGAUGAGUUGAACUGCCCGUCAACAAUUCCAUCGGACACACCACCGUACACGCCACUCAGCUGCCAACCUUCGGUGACCGGGUUACAUUCGCAGCCAGGUCAGCAUCGAACAAUUGUUCCCACAUUGUCCAACCCAGACCAUGCACUAAGUGCACAACUUGCAGCUCAUCUACCUUCCGGUAGGUUUAUUCCGCCAGAAGAUCAUGAUCGAACUGCUUUGAGCAGUCCCGGUCCGGCAGGUACUGUGCCCUUUCUCGAUUUGUCGCUUGCCUGGUCGCAGGCCCAGUCUCAGCUCCCGGUUUCCGAAGCUGAGGCUGGACUGGCAACGGCUACCGGUCCGUCCAGCGCAGGGGUUAAGCGACGUCUGUUUGCUCCAGUCCACGGCAAAUCAAGUGAUUAUUUGCGCACCUUGCAACGUGCUGGAGGUUCUCUUGACCGCCGCUUGAAUUUCGAUAUGUUCAAUAGUCCCAAACGGAAGGCAAGCGUUUUCAUCCAGUUUCUUGUUUUAUGCUACAUUUCAUUCCCACCAGUCGUUCCUCCCACCGCGUUGAAUACGACUCCGUUUCUGGUGGACACGCAUCAAAAUGUCACAGCACAGCAGCAGCAGCAACAACAACCGGUAUCGCUGUUCGGGCGGAAUCAGGCACCUAACCUGUUCUUAAACAGUCCGUCACCACUUUCAUUUGCACCGAAUCCCAUUAUCGCGGCUAAUUACACGGGGUCCGCCGGUCUGUCAGGAACUCUCGUACAGUCAGUUCCUCCGACCACGGUCUACGGUCUACCCAACGAUCCGCAUUCGGCUGCUGCUGCGGCAGCCGCUUCCCUUAUGCUGCUCCGACCUGGGGAUGACGAUGAAGAUCUAGCCGAGAUCGAUCGAGUCAAUCAGCGUUUGGCUAUGGGAAAGCUGUCGGAUUUUGCCUUUCCUGGGGCUUUCGUGAACCCAGAUACGUCAUCCUCAUCAUCACGUAAUUUUAGCACAUCCGAGGCACCGUCCAAUUACUCCGGUUCGGAGCAAUUCCCUGAACCAAUAGACCAUCAAUGA